UUAGAGUUGGAGAGUAUGAAGCAAAAGAGUGAAGCAAAAGAGUCUAUACAACUUUUCAACGGCAAGGUCCACCAUGAUGGCCUUAGCAUUCUGGCAGCAACACCCCUCCUUAGCAGCCACCAAUCACCGGCCCAAGGAGGAAGGCCCGAAUUUUUUAGAAGCCUCUAUUUAAUCUUCCCCUCUUCCCGCUCUCUUUUCCUACUUCAAACCUUUGAAUAUUAUUCUCAUACAUUCAAAAUGUCCGCCAACGAAGAACAGACUUUCAUCGCCAUCAAGCCCGAUGGUGUCCAGCGUGGCCUCGUUGGACCCAUCAUCUCUCGCUUCGAGAACCGUGGCUUCAAGCUCGUUGCCAUGAAGCUCACCUCCCCCAGCCAGGAGCACCUCGAGAAGCACUACGCUGAUCUCGCCACCAAGCCCUUCUUCAAGGGUCUCGUCUCCUACAUGCUGAGCGGCCCCAUCUGCGCUAUGGUCUGGGAGGGUAAGGACGCCGUCAAGACCGGCCGUGUCCUCCUCGGUGCCACCAACCCCCUGGCUUCCGCCCCCGGUACCAUCCGUGGUGACUUCGCCAUCGAUGUCGGCCGCAACGUCUGCCACGGUUCCGACUCCGUCGAGAACGCCAAGAAGGAGAUUGCUCUCUGGUUCGGUGCCUCCGAGGUCCUCAAGUACACCUCCGCCCAGGCCGCUUGGGUUUACGAGUAAAUUCCUCGUCUUUAAGUAGACUGGUCGGGCAGACUUCUUGUUCAGAUACUUCUAGCAAAGAAUAAAGCAGCUGUUCUGAGGAAGAAGUCCAAUGGCUUGGAAAAGUACAAUAUACAAAUUCAUAUAAUUUAUGAAUAUGACUCUUUCUGGUACCACAGUAA